AAUGAGCUACACUGUAUGGUAAAGCAGAUUUGCAUUCUAUUUAUUUGUGCAUUAUUUAUACUUCUUGCAUUCUAAUUUCUCGAUUUUCUUUUUUCCAAUGUUCGCAUAAUAUAUCAAUCUGUUUUUAGUACAAAAAAAUAUUAAAGAAGGUGAACAAAUCUCAUGUCGUGUAGAAGAUUCAAAUAUCCACUAGAAAAUGUAUGCUAGGGAUAUAUAUUCAUAUUGAUGACACCGAUUGCCAUGACUGGGACCCAAGGACUUCAUUUCUUUAUGAUUAGUUACUUGAAAUACACAAUGAUCUAGCUGGCACGUGGUAGUUUUUAUCAAUAGAAAAUACUAUUUUUAUAUUUACCACAAAAUUUGUUAUUACAUUUCAAUCCAACGAUUGAAUAUAUUUAAAAUUUGAUUAAUUAGAAUUUAACAUUCAUCAUGUCAGGUAUUGAGAACAAUUCGUUCGAAGAUUAUUAUAAAACCGACAAUUUUGAUGAUAGCGAGUUGCAAGCUCGAUUGUACGCAGAAAUUUAUUAUGAAACGGGCGAAACAAGUACCUCAGGUGUCUCAAAGACGAUUCAGUUCAAUAAUGUAAUUGAGUUUAAUAAGGAGUCAGAAAAUAUGCAACAUAUACUUGAAGCUACUGAAGAUUCUCAGAAGACCAAGUCAAUAGAUAAAACCAAUUUUGCUCAAAUUGAUACACUGACUGAUAAAGAAAUAAAUUCUGCACUGCAUGAAUAUAACAAUGAAAAUCCAGAAGAUUCUUCAGAGACAAAUGGAAAGGAGAGCAAAGAAAGUUCUUCCAGAAAACGUAAAUUUUCUAGACAUACAAGAAGUAAACAUCAAGAGAACUUGGAGAAAGACCAUAGUACCUCAUCAAAUGAUGCAGUGUAUUCAAAAUACAAUGUUAUUUCAAAAUAUGUAAAGCAACAGAAGCUUAUAGAGAAACAAAGUAAUGAAAGUAAACGAGUCUCAGAUAGUUCUGAUUCUGAAGAAUCUAUAUUUGAAGUACCUGUUCCACCAAAACCAGCACCAUUACUUAUAAAUCUGCAAGAUUCUGAUGAUGAAAAAGAUAUAGAUUUGGAAACAGAAAAUGAUCCAAUUUUAAAAAGGUGGAAUGAAUUAAACAAAAUAUAUUCUCCAUCUAGAUAUCCCAAACGUGAAAUUAGAAAAACAUCAAAUACUCUUCAAGAUACAUCUUCUAAAAAUAGUACAGAUAAAUUUUCAUAUAAUAAUAGUACAUCAGUGAAUCCUGAUAGAAAUGUCCAAACACAUGCACAGGAAACUAGGGAAGAUAUUGUUUUAAAUUGCACAAUAAUUCAGAAAGGUGCCGCAAAUAUAGGUGAAAUUAAACAGUUAUCCAAAAAUAUGGAGAUAGAACAAGGAAAUAAAUUGACUAAUGAUGCAAGUCAACAUUCUAAAAGACUAUCACCACGAGAUAAAUCAAAAGGAAAUAAUAAAAAUAAUGUUAAUAUUCAACGAGAAACAUCUAUAUCUCCAGCAGGAAAAAAAUUUCAAACGAAGACACAACAAAACUUAGAUAAAACAAACAAAACAUUGGGAGUAGAAGAUCGAAAGAGACAAUAUAACGAGAUUGAGCAAAUGCGACAUUGCACUCAACAAAGUAAUAAAGGCAUUGCACUGCAAAACAACAAAGAGAAAAAGAACGAAUCGACAAAUGAGUUCUUCAAGUCAAUGUCGGAACAAAUGAGGGACUAUUAUAAUUCAACUCAGGGACAAGAAAACUUUGAUGUUAACGAACUGCAACGAAACAUGUCAAAGGAUCCGCGAAUGUGGGCAAUUCUAGAUGAAGACAUAAUGCCAUGCCCCUCUAGCAGACAACGUACCAGAUUCUGGAAUGUCAGGUGCACUAAUUGCCAACAGGACGGCCAUCAACGCUACGACUGUUCGAUGCCACGUAAGGCAUCGUGUUGUUACGUGUGCGGCAUGAGGGGUCAUAUGGAGUCUCGUUGUCCACAGAAGAUGUGCCUAACAUGCGGUAAGCGACAGAGCACGUUUCGUAAGACUUGUGAAUAUUGUCGUGUUCUAUAUUGUACAAUGUGUAAUUCGGUAGGACACGAGCUAAAGCAAUGUCCUGAUCUCUGGCGACGGUAUCAUCAGACGACCGAUAUGCACAAUCCACCAAAAGAUCCAGGAAAUGUGAUGAAAUCGUCGGGUCAACUCCAUUGUUGUAAUUGUACUAAACGUGGUCAUGAAUCAUCCACCUGCAAGGAAUAUCGAUGGUCUCAGCACUUUCCUACUCCAGCUGCCGUCACAAAUUAUACGGAUGGACCCAUGUACACACCAUCAAAUAUUGUCUCAUCUAAUCCCAAGAUUGAUAGUUCGUCGUCUAAGACAAGAAACACAUCAACUUCACAAAGUAUUAAUAAUAUACAACAUACAAGCAAAGAGUUGGAACCGACUGCUAAUAUAAAUACGUUAAAUAAUAAUUCUUGCAUUUUACCAACUCCACAAAAAAUUACAUGCAUUUCAACAAUGGAAGAAAAUUUAAAAUCUUUCUCCUCGAUAGAUCAACCUAGGGAAAACAUCAAAAUUACUAAAUUAAACGAAAAAACAUUCGCUAAUGUUAUAUAUUGCUGCGGUAAAUUUUAUGACAAAUAUAAUAAGAAUGCACGGAUGAUCGUGAAAAAUAUUUCAACGUUUUUUAUUAAUAAAUCAGAUGUAUUAAAUAGCUUAAUAUCGCGUGAGGUUGCUCCGGUUUUUUUUAAGACGUUGUUUGACAAAGCUAAAAUAGAAUUUGAAGUAAAAAUAGGCUAUACGGUUACUCAUCAAUGGGAUGUAACGUUACAAUUACUAGCAAUGAGGGAAUACAUAGAGCAUUUAUAUGAUUUGUUGAGGUAUUGGCUCUUUCUUCCAGAUGACGAGAAAGAUUACGGGAUAGAUGUGAGUCUACCCAUACAUCCUUUAAGAAUGUUGAACUUGAUGAAUUCAAGAGUGUCACAACUCAAAAAAAUGCGAUUCACAUGUUAUGCCGAACAUAUAGGAGGAGAGAAUGACCCACGAUGGAUAAACACCUUAAUAAAUGAGGAGAAAAACAACUUGAAGAAACAUGAAAAAGAUGGAAGUAAAUAUCUAUAUAGGCGUAUACGUACAAAAUUGUGGCGUCUGCAAACCAAACUUCUCAUGAUUGUUAACACUGAGCCAGAGCCGAAUGUUUUCGUGUGUAUGUUUAAUGAUGAACGGGAGAAACUCAUCAAAUUGACACAAAUGAGUGAGAGACUCGAUAAUGCGACUUAUCUUAAACUUGUCUUAAUUUACAAUCGUUUAUUUGUACCUCAUACACCAGAAACUUUAUAUAAAACGAUAGAGCGUUUCACUUACGAAGAAAACAGGAAAUCUUCGUCACAAAUACAAAUGACGAAAAUGGCAACAUCUGCACAAAAAAAUCUCACAUACAAUACGUAUCCGUUACCACAUGCGGCAACUUUGCAGAAAAUUAAUUACGAAACUCCUUCCUCGAUUGAUAAUCAACAAAAUAAUGAAAUAUUAAUCGAAAGACAAAGCAUGAAUGAUAUUGUGCUUGAGAUGAACAAAACAACACAUCGCAACAGCGAUGAAACAAUAGAAGAUUAUCUUAUUCCUCAAACGCCAUUAAAUACUGAACCUGAAUCAGUUAAAUUAAAAGAUCCAGAAAGAAAUAAAGAUCAAUCGUUAACGAGUAAAAUAAAUAUCAAAUCUAAUAUACUUGCGAAUAAACAGAACAUAAAUAUGAAUGAUUCAUUUCCAGUGACAAAAGUGAAAUUAAGAAAAGAAUUUAAAGAAUUAAGAAAGGCAGGAAAAAUGCUUAUAAAUAUAAAUGAUCUAAAUAUAACAAAUAAAAGUAAUUUGUAUAAUGCAGCCUCAAUUCUUAUAAAAGAUGCUCAAACCUUUAAAAAACGACACAUGAUGAACGCAGCUGAUGAAAUGCAAAAACAUAUUAACAAUCAGACGGUUAAGCCCAAAAACGUCCACACAUUACUUAGAUUAGUAGACCUAGAAAGGAAAUAUCAAAGAAGUAUCACUUCUUUAAGCCGAGAUUUAAAGAACUAAUCUAUGCAAAUUAAUAUAUUUGUUAAGUGAUGUAAUAUCAUCAUCUGAUGUGUACUUGUGUAAUAUAUGAUUAAAAUUGUUCGAAAGAUGUAUUCUGUA